AUGGAGCCAUUCGGGAUCGACAGCGGGGACGUCCCUCCGCUGUCUCAGCAGAGUAGCCUCCGCACGUUGGCCGACCGCUUUGCAUCGAGGGCUUCCCAGCCAUUAACUGCCUCGUUUUCCCAACAGAUGAGCUUUCCGGAGGGUGCCCCCGAGGACAUCGGCAAGCAGCUCACUCGUCAGCUGACUCAAAUGAUGAACAGUGGGGCGGCCAAUGCUUACACCGACGAGAGCCCUCGAGGAGAAGAGCAUUCUCCCCUUGUUUAUUACCUGGGAGCACGGCUCCUCCGUUCUGGAUUGCUAACACAGGUCACCGCUCUGUCCCUCCAGAUCCUUUUCUUUCUCCUUUUUGGGGGAAAUGGAUGGUUCAAUGCCAACAUCUUUGCUGCCCCGGACGCCCUCAAAGGCGCUUCCGUGUAUGUCCACCUUAGCGCCUUCCUAGAAGUCGCUUUCCUAUUGGGCGUCAUUCAAGUUGCGGCUUUCCAGGUCCUUGUCGCAGACAGCAGCAAGUGGACUGUUGGCUUCCGUUCUGGAUCAAAGAUACUGGCAUGUGCUGUAUCAUUGGACGUGGCGUCCGCAGCUCUGCGUGUGGCCUCCUCGUUACACUUCUGCCGCUUUGUUUCUGCCCGUUGGCUAGGCCGAAACAUGCAGCUUAGAGGCGAGUGGACCCUAUCAUACCUAGGCGGAACGUUGCAGGGACUCUCUCUCUUCUCGUAUGGCCUUGGAUUCGCCGCACUAGAGCUCUACCACGACAAAGGCACGAAGGACGAGUACGCCUGGGGAAUGCUUUUCCUAUAUCCCCUUGCAGCCAUCGCAAGCUUCUGCUCAGAAAUUCAAACAGCGAGACCCAUACGUUGCCCCGGAAUAAGUGCCACUCACCCUGGUUGCAUAAUCACGCGAACUAGAACUGCGCUUGUUCUGGCGUAUGUGUGGGCCGACACCUUCGAACCGCAGCUCGAGCGCUGGAGUCCAGAGCUACAUACGCGCCGCCUAGACGAGAACAUCCUCCCAAACCCCCGAGAGGGGGCACCAGGAGGCCCAAUUACUGAAGGAGAAACCUACACCUACACAGCCGUCCCUACGAUGACAGAAAAUGCAGCCUCGGGCGCACCCAUGGGGGCCCACAGCAGAGACAUCACCUCCAGAACUAGGCCCUUCGAGACUUUGAACACCUUAACAUCCUCAGGCAGCGUCCUUGACGGUCUCCCCACUACCUAUGACUACGAUGUACUGCAGCAACAAGUUAGGAGCCACAUGGAGCAGCAGCAGCAACAACAAUGAAGACGACGCGCGGGAUACACAGACAUCGCGCGCUGCAACAGGCACUGUGGCAGUCGCAGCAGACACUGUAGCACCAGCAUCGCUUUAGAGCACAGGACAGAGAAGGCUCCCGACGUGCCGGCCACUUUUUCUGACGCUUCCUUUCCUGUUAGCACAGGUUCUAGGCGCCAGGGAGAACUGCAAAAAAUUGCGUUUUAA